CCAACAGCCUCGUAUCAGAAAACAAGCUGCUAGGUAGCGUUAGCUCGCAGCAGCGUUCGCUCUCCACACCAACAGUUGGCCGCUGCUGGCUGGUCGGGAUUUUUAACUUCUGAAAAACAACUCCCGUAACAAAACUACGAAGAAAAACUUCCCUGGACCUAUUUCAGCUGUAAAGUCAUGGCGUGUGGAGCCACCCUGAAGAGAACCAUGGAUUUCGAUCCAUUGAUGAGCCCCGCGUCCCCUAAAAGACGGAGAUGCAUCCCGGUGGCCCCGUCGGCUUCCUCACCGAGGAGGUACCUCAGCAUGGAGCCCUCGCCGUUUGGAGAGUCGUCGUCUAGACUCAGCGCAGAACAAAUCCUGAACAACAUCAAGCAGGAGUACAAACGUAUUCAGAGGAGGAAACAUCUAGAUGGAGGCCACCAACAACUAGAGUGCUGUUAUUCUCCAGACUCCCCUUCCCAGUUAGCUAUGAAUGUCUCCAGCAUGGCAGGGCCGUCCUCCGGUGGCGUCUCCCCAAGCAGAAAAGAACAACCGUUGUUCACCCUCAGACAAGUUGGAAUGAUCUGUGAACGCCUGCUCAAAGAACGAGAAGACAAAGUGCGGGAGGAGUACGAGGAGACCAUGACCUCAAAACUGGCAGAACAAUAUGACACCUUUGUGAAGUUCACACAUGAUCAGUUGAUGCGGCGAUUCGGCGAGCAGCCUGCAAGCUAUGUUUCCUGAGUGUGGCA